AAAGUGGGUAUAGACGGCCCCGCAAAGAGUUACCGACGUCACUAUCGUCUCUCUCGAAAAGUUUUCAUCCUUCCUCUCUGCAAUGCGGUGAUAACCCAUCAUUUCAGUUUCACCGCUAAACGACGACGUUGAGCGCCACCUGCCAUUUUCUCCAUCUCCGGCGAAUCCUGCUGUACGGCGGGAUAUUAUCGGAUUCACCACUUUUGGGGAAUCGGGAUGCUCACGCCGAUUUCCAGCGAUGUCCUCUCACGAGCAAGCCCUAGUGUCCCUGUUUUCCCAGCUAGCCUUGUCCUUCGACGGCGCCAUUUUGGGUCUUGCCUUGGCGUAUGCCGCUGUCCGUUCCGUCCUCAAACUUACUGCUAACUCUGCUGCGCUCGACAAGCUACGCGUCGCCCCUUCUCUCUCCGUUUCUGACCUCCGGUCACUUCUGGACAGUUCCGAUGCUGACGGCAAUUCCCAAGAUGGCAACAAACUAGUUGUUGUCCGUGGCACUGUCGAGGCCAAGUCUGUCGUGGAGAGCGGCUGGAAAAGCUUAAUACCUAGCGUAUUAGUAUCUCGCGAGUCUGGCGAUAGCGCUGUGGCUAUUCAGAGGACUCAAACGUGUAUAUAUACUGAAUGGAAGGGCUUCUUUGGUUGGACUUCUGAUCUUCGAGCCUUAUUCGCUAGAAAUUUGAGGCAGCAAGAGAGUACAUCUUUGAGAACGGUGCCCUUUGUUCUCAUUGAUGGCGGACGGCGACCUCAUACUGAUUAUGUUGUUGUCAACUUGGAAGGCUCAAGGCAUCCCUUACCUCUUACUACAGUUUAUCAUAAAUUGCAACCCAUAAAUGCUUCUCCUUACACAUUCUUGCAGGCACUUUUUGGACAUGAGUAUCCAGUUGGAUUACUGGAUGAAGAGAAAAUUCUUCCUUUGGGAAAGGAUAUCAGUGCUGUUGGCAUAUGCUAUUUUAGAAAUGGAAUUGCCGAAAUUAAGUCAUACAAAGAGUUGCCAUAUUUUCUGUCUGAAUUGAAUAAAGAUCAGAUGAUUGCGGAGCUUACAUUUAAAACAAAAGUACUUUUUUGGAGUGGUAUCAUUCUCAGUUCAUUGUCAGUUGGGAUUCUUGGUUAUGCUUUUGUGAGAAACUGGAACAAGUGGAAACAGUGGAGGCAACAGAGGCAGGAUCAGCAGCAAAGGCAAGCCAACUAUGAUAACGCUGAAUUUGAGAUUUUAGACGAUGAGAUAGAAGAUGUUCCAGAUGGACAAUUAUGUGUUAUCUGUUUGAUGAGGAGAAGGCGGUCUGUGUUUAUUCCCUGUGGGCAUCUUGUGUGUUGUCAAGGGUGUGCCAUAUCAGUUGAGCGUGAAGUGGCACCAAAGUGUCCUGUUUGUCGGCAGGAAAUUCGCAAUUCAGUGCGGAUAUUUGAAUCUUGAGUAGACAGUUGCUGCUGCUACUUGAUUAACUGCAUCCAGAGUCUCGCAUCGCAUCACAGUUACAUGGGUUUGAUUGGCAGGAGGGUUGCAUUUUCUUUUCAAUUUAGAUGUUCUAGAUUUUGGCUGAAUCAUUCCUUUUCUAAUUGGUCCUGUGAAAUUCAAGUGAAUUUAUUGUAUAUAUUUAAUAUGACUUUGAUA